AAAAGGUUGUUGCACUCUAGCUCUCAUCGCAUUGACUAGACGACAUAUACUUUGGAAGUCUUUACUGCUCUGAGGAUGGCGCUACCUGAUUAUCCCAUUCCAGAACUGGAUGUUACUCUACAGGAAGCUAGCCGGGUGCUUCAGCUCACCUUAAAUCCCGACCAGUACCAACACUAUAAAACUGCCCUCUUUCAGCAGAGAGAUGUACUACAGGAAGUCCAAAAACAUCUGAAAGAUCACGCUUCUGGACGUGAGAACUGGGUGACUGAGGAAUUCAAAAAGCGUCUGCUCUCCUGCUAUGAUCCUCUGCCCAAUUCCACCGCUAUUCCCUCCAUCCUGCCCUCCUCUAAGCUAAAUGGGGAGUUUGCACAGAUAGAGCGGGCUACGGCCCUGCUGUGGGCAGCUGCUAAGCUGUACAGUGACCCAUUGCUGGUGGAAGGGGAUGUACCAACUGAGCGAACACAACAGUCACAGGUUUUUGCGGCUAGUCGCCUACCAGGCAAGAGCCAUGAUGAGCUAAAGACAUACCCAGACAGCCUUCACGCCAUUUUGACCUGUCGAGGGGGUAUAUUUCCGAUUCAAAUUGUAUGGAAACCAAGUUCAGGGGAAUCUCUUUCUGCUGUACCUCUCAAUGACAUCUACACCCAACUGGUGCAUGCAAUGAGUCACCCAGAAGCGCCCCCCGAACAAGACCCGUCCGUUAUUUGUGGUCUGUCUUCUCUUCAUCGCCAAGCCUGGCAUUCUGUGAGAAUGGAUAUCUUAAAGACAGGGGGUGAAGCAGCAGUUUCACUUGAAAUGAUGGAGAGUGCCAUUCUGGCUGUUUCCCUGGAAGACCAACGAGCACCGGCUGAUCUUGCAGGAAUACUUAAUACAGUCCGACUAGGGGAGAAAGAUAACAGAUGUUUGAGAUACUAUGAUAAGGUGGUGAACUUGGUGGUUUUUAAAAAUGGACAAGCAGGCAUGUUGUUUGAGCAUAGUGCCCUGGAUGGAAUGGUAGCUGGGCUUCUUGUUGAACGUCUGUGGCAGUUCUCGGAAUCUGAAAACAUAGUAAUAAACACGCAAACCAAUAAGUUAAGUCCAUUCUCAAAUGCUGGUUCUCUUCACCCUAAACCUCUGAAAAUACCUCUGAAAGGAAUAACUGUGCCAAAUCAGUCUGUUUCUAGUCUUCUACAAGCCAGCCAGUCAGUCAUGACUUUUGAAAUAUCAUCUUACCCAGAUGUGUUCACCACCUUAAGGGGUCACAGAGGUCUAUAUGAUGCAUGGAUUAAUUUCACUUUGCAGCUGUCCUUGAGGCAAACACUUGGCGAUGCAGCUACUAGCCUCAUCAUAGUGACACCUACUCACAUGCGUCACUUUAAACACGGCCGCUGUGAUCCCACAUACUCCACAACUAUUAGAUCUCACCAGCUUGUUACAGCACUGGCAUCCUGCAUUGGUCCAGACAAUGUUCCCCAGUACACAAAUGAGCUUUUCCAGCUCUUUCACCUUGCCUUUUUAGAGCACAAAAACCUAAUCAAAGCUACAAAACUUGGCCUUGGAGUGGGGCCUCAUCUGGCAGCCUUGCGCAGAUCUAUGUCUCAAGAUAAUCCACUCAAGAAGUUUCUUGACCCCUUUGGAUGCCCUUCGAUUUACUUGACUGGGUCAGAUCUAAUGGAGGGAGUUGAGUGUGCUGUAGGUAACGUCUAUGCUACAGACCAGCUGGCUGUCACAUAUCUAGGCAGGAAGGACAAAGUACGUCUAGUCCUGAAUGGAAAGGGUACUUUUGCCAAUGUCCUGGGAAAUCUCAAAGAAAGACUUGAGUUCAAUCUAAAACUAGUAAUGCUUCUGGCACUAAGGUAUGCCAUUGCAGGGCAGAUGGGAGCCAUUGAAUGUCUCCUGCAAGACAAUAAAGAAAAACUAGUAAAUAGAUCUUCAGUGGACGAUGCAGUCAGAGCUGUGGAGCAAAAAACCAUGCAGCCAGAUUUCACUUUAGUGAUCCAUGGUGGGGCAGGAGAGGAAAUGAUGCUAAAUGAGAAGGUGAUUGGGACCAUUGAAUUUGCCCUUCAAACAGCUCUAACUCUUGGAGCACAAGUGCUUUUUCAUGGAGGUAGUAGUCUGGAUGCAGUACAAAGAAGUGUAGUUGCGUUGGAGGACUGUUUCUUGUUUAAUGCUGGCAAAGGAUCAGUAUAUAACCAAGAUGGGGAGCAUGAAAUGGAAGCCACCAUUGUGGAUGGACAUGGGAAGAACUCUGGAUCCGUGGCUUGCCUGCGACGAGUGAAAAACCCAAUAAAAGCAGCCCGCUGUGUUAUGGAAAAGAGUGUGCACUCUUUACUGAUUGGAGAAGGUGCCGAAGAGUUUGUAAACAGUCUUGGAGAAAAAGAAACAACACUAAAAUCAGAGUACUUUGACACUGAUAUAAGAUACAAGGAGUUGCUUAUGAAGUCAGGUGAUGGCAAGAAUAACCAUCCUCAAACUGUAGGUGCAGUUGCGCUGGAUAAGUGGGGCAAGUUAGCAGCAGCCACAUCCACGGGAGGUUUAGUUGGCAAGUGGAAAGGCAGAGUCGGUGACACCGCUAUAGUUGGGGCAGGAAUUUAUGCUGAUGAGAAACUAGCCGUGACAUGCUCUGGUGAUGGUGAUGCCUUCUUACGUCAAACAGUUGCUCACAAAGUAGCCAGCUUAUACAACCUCAAAGGUUACAGUCUCAGACAGGCUUGUCGAGAAGUUAUCAACAAUGAUCUGGAAGAAAAGUGUGCAGGAAUUAUUGCUGUAGACCAUCACGGUGAAGCCGUUAUUGAAACCAAUGCUGGGGUCAUGUUUGUUGGUUCAAUGGUCAGUGGUAUUCCUCGAACUGAGGUUUUAAGACCUAGGAAGGAGUUUAUGAAUGUGAUUUGGGAGACUAAUGAAUUGGUAGCUCACCUACAGUCUAAUCCUUGGACCCCAGGAGCCACUGUUCUCACUCGAAAGACUAUUAAUGGACCUAGUAGCAUCUUUCAGUUAGUGUUACCUGACUACAUAGCAAUGAUGCAGGGGGCACAGUUAGUUGCCAAUCUCCUUUGUGAGAAACUUUGUGUGCAUCGCUGCGCCCUUGUGUCCAUGCCAGAACAUGACAAGCCAGCUUACAUCAAAGUCUUGCCUCUCCAUGACCUAGAACCAAACUGGAAACCUCAAACAGCUGAGGAAAUGGAGUUCAAUCCUUAUGACCCUGGAUACUGUUGCUCCAAAAAUGGUCCACGAUGUGAAGAUACCCUUCUUGACCAGGUGCAGGCAAAGAUUCGCUCUCGACUCCCGACACCCAAUGCCCCUUCUUGCUUUGACUUCCAUGGAGAUCCUUCUGAUAACAGCCUUUUCCCCCGCAUUAUUCGUGGUGAAGAGCAACAGUGGCGUGUCUGGGAAGACAAUGAACAUGUAGCCUUCCUUACUCCUUUUCCAAAUACACCAGGCUUUACAGUUCUAGUGCCAAGAAAACCGCUUACCAGUGACAUCUUCUGUCUGAAGGAGAGCGACUAUACAUCCCUACUUGUGGCAAUACAAAAGGUUGCUCAUCUUGUGCAAGAAGGAAUGAAUGCCCAUUGUGUAGCUCUCAUAUUUGAAGGGUUUGAGUUUGAUUAUGCCCAUGCCAAACUGAUUCCAUUAGUUCAUCAGCCUAAUGCCCCCAAAUCCCCAGUUGUGACUUCUCAGUUCUGCCCAACUUACACAGGAUAUGUAACAUCAGUAGAUGGUCCUCCAGCUAACAAAGAUGACCUUACAGAGAUCCACACCAAGAUAACAAAGACUACUCCACCUCAAUCCUGGGAAGACCCCCAGACUCAUGCAGCAUUAGCCAUCAAGAGCAAAUGGUAUCGCAAUCUCUUUCAAAUCCAAAACACCCUGUUUCAUAGCACAGUAGAGUACUUCAACAACAAAUGCAAGUAUGCUUAUGCACUGACACCUAUCACAACUGACACAAUUUCCUCUCCAAUGGGUCUGGGGUCAGAUUCUGAGCCGGUGUUUGUCAACAUGUUGGGCCAAGAUAUAUAUCUGGCAGACUCUAUGCAGUUUGUUUUAGAGUACUUUAUGAGGUUUCAUGAUGGUCUUCCUGGGGCUUACUAUGUGUCCCCCAGUUUCAGAGGGGAGGAUCCUGAUGCUACACAUCUCAACCAGUUCUACCAUGUGGAAUGCGAGCUUCUGGGCGACAUGGAUGCUGCCAUGACUAUAGCUGAAGGCUAUGUUGCACAUUUGACUCAGGCAAUGGUAAAGCAACAUUCCGACAUUAUCUUAAACACAGCUGGUACACUAUCUCAUGCCCAAGAACUACUGAAGAACUUAGAAAACCCUCUUCCAAGAGUACCCUUGGAUCAAGCCAUUAACAUUAUGCCAUCAUCUGAUUGCCUUGAGUGGGUUCAGGAGGGACAACCACAGUUUGGCAGGAAGCUAACGCGAAAGGGAGAAAAGGUCCUAAUUAAAAAGUAUGGAGGUGCUGUUUGGCUGACAGAAAUGGACCAUCUUGGAGUGCCCUUCUACCAAGCAUAUAUUGAAGGCUCAGGCAGAAGCAAAGCCAAGGCAGCUGACCUUCUCUUGGGGUUAGGGGAGACAGUAGGGCUUGGGGAACGUCAUUCUACACCUGAAAUGGUACGAGAGGCCUUACAACACCAUGCUGUACCAGAGGACUCAUACAAAUGGUACAUCAACAUGCGUCAAGCCAUCCCUCUUCAAACAAGUGGAUGGGGUAUGGGCUCAGAGAGAUACCUGUGCUGGCUUCUGCAGCACAAUGAUGUCAGGGACAUGCAAAUCAUACCCAGACUGAAAGCUAAAAAGUUUAUGCCAUAAAUGGUACAUAUGGUCCUCAAAGUCUACAACUUGUGCAAGGACUUUACACAGGGAACUCAGUAUUUGUAUUGACAGUUACAAAGUUAUAGAUGGCAUAUAAUGUAUGGAAUCAAUACCAAAUAUACUCUUUAGAAUUUUAGCAAGAAUAAGGAUAUUAAAUCUUGAAAUAAAAGUUAUACUAUAUAACUACACUACAUUUCAGAUUGUUACAUUUUUGACAACAGAAUAUUUAAUGCUGAGUUGGCCUUAAUUCACUUUCUUUUUUUUUUUACAUACUUUUUGGUGUAAAUCAGUUUCUGCUAUACUUAUUGUGUUUACCCACUUUGUUUUAGCUAAGAUUAAAAAUAUGUUUGUAAGAACUGAUGUACUUUUUUGAGUAUUGCAGAAUUUUAAAUACUGCACAUACAUAUCACAACACUGUAUUUCUUUUUUUUAUCUCUUUCUCUGUAUCUUUUUUGCUUUCCUUUUCUGUUUUAAUACUUUCCUAAAAUAUUAUAUGAAUGCAUUACAAACUGGCUUACUGAUUUACUGACUAAAAAUUGUAUUAUAAAACUCUUAUAACAUUCUUUACAAUUAUAAUAAUAAAAUGCAGAUAAAUCACC